UCGCUGCGUCUCACCGCCUCACACUCAGCUCUCUUGCCUGCGCAGGUUAAGGACUGACCUACUGCGCACGAUAAUAUAUUAUUGCCGCGCAUUUUAACCACGAUGGCGCCGAAAACGCUACUGUUCGCCACUUUGAUCUGCAUUGUCGCCGCCGGCGCCGGCGUCGGUGGACAACAAGCUCCGCCUUCUCCGCCGUCGUCGAACCAAGCGCCACAGACGCCUCCAGCGUCGAAUCAGGCGCCGCCUACUCCACCGGCUUCGAAUCAAGCGCCGCCGACUCCGCCGGCAUCGAACCAAGCGCCGCCGACUCCGCCGGCGUCGAACCAAGCGCCGCCUUCUCCGCCGGUUUCGAACCAAGCGCCGCCUGCUCCUCCGACCCCUAAUCAAGCUCCGCCGUCCCCUCCGACGCCUAAUCAAGCGCCGCCGUCCCCUCCGACGCCGAAUCAAGCGCCUCCGUCCCCUCCGACGCCGAAUCAAGCGCCGCCGUCCCCUCCGACGCCGACUCAAGCGCCGCCAACUCCUCCGACGCCGACUCAAGCGCCGCCGUCUCCUCCGACGCCGAAUCAAGCGCCGCCUACUCCUCCGACGCCAACACCACCGGUUUCGACACCUGCUUCUCCUCCCCCUCCAAGCAAUUCCCCGCCGCCGGCUAGUCCUCCACCGCCGCCCUCCGCCCCGACGCCUGCGCCUCUAUCUUCACCGCCGGCCGUAUCUCCGGCUCCAUCAUCGCCGCCGGCAUCUUCACCGUCAGUGUCGAGUACUACUCCCAGUGGAGCUCCUUCGCCGAGCCUCCCUGGUCUUUCUCCAUCUCCAUCAGCCACAGAUCAGAGCGGAACAACAAAUUCAGUGAACAAUCUGAAGACGAUCGCGGGAAUUAGCGGAAGCUUCGUAGUAGGGUGGGCAUCACUAUUGUAUUUGAUGUUGCUCUCGUAAUUCAGACCAGAUCGGAUCGCUCUUUACUCCUUGAUUGAUCACUUUUCGGCUCAUCGGCUCUAUAUAUAUAUAUUCCAUUUAUAUACUACUAUAUUAUAAAUACACCUCAUGAAAUGUUUGCCAUAGCUUCACUAUUCUUUUUUUUUUUUUUGAAUUUUUGAAUUUUUGGUUGUAUUUGAUUCAUAUUUUGAUUAUGAGAUCAUCAUAUUUUUUGUAUUGAAACUUUGGAGAGGAGUUGCAUAUUGUUCAUUGUUUGUUAGAAACAUGCGAGUUUUAAAAUA